AUGACAGCGUUAACACUUUCACUGUAUUCAGCAAAAGUAAUCACCUCAACUUCUUCAUCACUUUUAUUUUCUUUUUUUUCUAUUUUAUUUUUUGAAGGUUGUUGUUCAUCAGAAAUACAAUUAGAAGUUGGAUGUUCACAUUUAUUAAACCCUUCUAUUGAACUUGAAAACUUUCCACAACUCAUUGAUUUAAAUGAAGAUAAUUUUUUUAGAACAAAAGAAGAAAUAGAAAAUUGUCAAAGAGAAGAAGAAAAUGAAGAUUCAAUUGAGAAACAAGAAAAAGAAAAUAAAAACGAGAGUAAUGAAGAUAUAAAGAAGUCUAUUGAUGAAUUUUUGUUAAAUGAAAAUGAAAUAAUUGAUGGAGAAGAUGUUAGUUCUGACGAAGUUAAAUUACCAAGAUUUAAUAAUGAAAAAGAGAUAUCACAAAUAAAAAAACAAGCAAAAAAUUAA